UGGGGGCCCGCAGCCACCGCCCGGCGCCCCAGAGGCCACCUGCGUACUAGAGGCAAACUUUUGUCUUCUUCGGACUGCCACCCAGGACUAUGAGCGGCUAAGAUGGAGACGUCCGCCUCAGCCACAGCCGCGGAGAAGAAGGAAGCCAAAAGUGGGAUCCUGGAGGGCCCCGCUUUCCCGGACCCGGGCAGGAAGGCUUCUGCCCUAGCGGUGGCCACGGCAGCAGCGGCGGCGGCGGCGGUAGCUGCUCAAGGAGUUCCGCCGCAUCUUCUGCCACCGUUCCACGCUCCCUUACCGAUUGACAUGAGACACCAGGAGGGGAGGUACCAUUACGAGCCUCCCUCUGUCCACGGCGUGCACGGGCCUCCUGCCCUGAGUGGCAGCCCUGUCAUCUCUGAUAUCUCCUUGAUCCGGCUUUCCCCACACCCUGCUGGCCCUGGGGAGUCUCCCUUCAACGCCCCCCACCCCUACGUGAGCCCCCACAUGGAACAUUACCUCCGUGCCGUGCACGGCAGCCCCACGCUCCCCACCAUCUCUGCGGCCAGGGGCCUCAGCCCCGCUGACGUGGCCCACGAACACCUUAAGGAGAGGGGACUGUUUGGCCUCCCCGCUGCAGGCACCAACCCCUCAGACUAUUACCACCAGAUGACCCUCAUGGCGGGCCACCCCGCGCCAUAUGGGGACCUGCUGAUGCAGAGCGGGGGUGCUGCCAGUGCACCCCAUCUCCAUGACUACCUCAAUCCAGUGGAUGUGUCACGUUUCUCCAGCCCCCGGGUGACACCCCGCCUGAGCCGCAAGCGGGCGCUGUCCAUCUCCCCGCUCUCGGACGCCAGCCUCGACCUGCAGCGCAUGAUCCGAACCUCGCCCAACUCGCUGGUGGCCUACAUCAACAACUCGCGCAGCAGCUCGGCCGCCAGCGGCUCCUACGGGCACCUGUCGGCCGGUGCCCUCAGCCCAGCCUUCACCUUCCCCCACCCCAUCAACCCCGUGGCCUACCAGCAGAUCCUGAGCCAGCAGAGGGGCCUGGGCUCCGCUUUUGGACACACACCACCCCUGAUCCAGCCCUCACCCACCUUCCUGGCCCAGCAGCCCAUGGCCCUCGCCUCCAUCAAUGCCAUGCCCACCCAGCUCAGUAGCAACAGCAACUGUCUGAGCGAUGCCAACCAGCAGAGCAGUGAGUCAGCCGUGAGCAGCACUGUCAACCCCAUCGUCAUUCACAAGCGCAGCAAGGUCAAGACGGAGGCUGAGGGCUUGCGGCCAGCCUCCCCGUUGACCCUGACACAGGAGCAGCUGGCUGACCUCAAGGAAGACCUGGACAGAGACGACUGUAAGCAGGAGGCCGAGGUGGUCAUCUACGAGACCAAUUGCCACUGGGAAGACUGCACUAAGGAGUAUGACACCCAGGAGCAGCUGGUGCAUCACAUCAACAAUGAACACAUCCAUGGGGAGAAGAAGGAAUUUGUGUGCCGCUGGCAGGCCUGCACGCGGGAGCAGAAGCCCUUCAAGGCGCAGUACAUGCUGGUGGUGCACAUGCGCCGGCACACGGGCGAGAAACCCCACAAGUGCACGUUUGAGGGCUGCUCGAAGGCCUACUCUCGCCUGGAGAACUUGAAGACACACCUUCGGUCCCACACCGGGGAGAAGCCGUAUGUGUGCGAGCACGAGGGCUGCAACAAAGCCUUCUCCAACGCCUCGGACCGCGCCAAGCACCAGAACCGCACCCACUCCAAUGAGAAACCCUACAUCUGCAAGAUCCCAGGCUGCACCAAGAGAUAUACGGACCCCAGUUCUCUCCGGAAGCACGUGAAAACGGUACACGGCCCAGAUGCUCAUGUCACCAAGAAGCAGCGCAAUGACGUGCACCUCCGCGCCCCCCUGCUCAAGGAGAACGGGGACCACGAGGCCAGUGCCGAGCCCAGCAGGGGCUCCGAGGAGAGCGCGGAGGCCAGCAGCACCAGCCAGGCUGUGGAGGACUGCCUGCACGUCAAAGCCAUCAAGACGGAGAGCUCCGGGCUAUGUCAGUCCAGCCCUGGGGCUCAGUCUUCCUGCAGCAGCGAGCCCUCUCCCCUGGGCACUGCCCCCAACAAUGACAGCGGCGUGGAGUUGCCAGGCACAGGGCCGGGGAGCCUGGCCGACCUGACAGCUCUGGAUGACAUGCCGACAGGGGCUGACGCCUCUGCCCUGGCAGCGCCCUCUGCCGGUGGCCUGCAGCUGCGCAAACACAUGACCGCCGUGCACAGGUUCGAGCAGCUCAAGAAGGAGAAGCUCAAGUCGCUCAAGGAUUCCUGCUCAUGGGCGGGGCCGGCUCCACACACCCGGAACUCCAAGCUGCCUCCCCUCCCGGGAAGUGGCUCCAUGUUGGAAAAUUACAGCGGCAGUGGGGGCGGCGGGCCGGCGGGGCUGCUUCCCAACCCACGGCUGUCCGAGCUGUCCGCAAGCGAGGUGACCAUGCUGAGCCACCUGCAGGAGCGCCGCGAGCGUCCCGACACCCUGGCGCCUCCGCGGGUGCAGCGCUUCCACAGCGCCCACAACGUGAACCCGGCCCCUCUGCCACCCUGCACCGAGAGGCGAGGCCUCCGCCUGCAGAGCCACAUGAGCGCCGACGGCGGCCUGGCCCGCAGCGCCUACUCUCCCCGGCCGCCCAGCAUCAGCGAGAAUGUGGCGAUGGAGGCCCUGGCGGCGGGGGCGGACGGCACGGGCCCCGAAGUCAGCCUCGAGCUGCCUGAGGAUGACCUCGUGCUGCCCGAUGACGUGGUGCAGUACAUUAAGGCGCAUGCCAGCGGUGCCCUGGAUGAGGGCACCCCGCAGGUAUAUCCCCCGGAAAGCACCUGCUUCUCUGAGAACCCCAAACUGCCCAGCCCAGGGCUGCACGGCCAGCGCAGAAUAGCGGCUGCAGAUUCCAACGUGGGCCCCUCCAACCCUGUGCUGGGCGGCUGCCAGUUGGGCUAUGGUGCUCCCUCCAGCCUGAACAAAAACAGCAUGCCUGUGCAGUGGAAUGAGGUGAGCUCUGGCACCAUGGACUCCCUGACCAGCCAGGUGAAGCCUCCGCAGCCCUUUACACAGGGCAACCUAGCUGUGGUACAGCAGAAACCAGCCUUCAGCCAGUAUCCAGGCUACAGUUCCCAAGGCCUGCAGCCAAGCCCUGGCGGCCUGGACGGCUCGCAGCCACACCUUCAGCCCUGCAGCGGAGCCCCCUCUGCGCCCAGGGUAAAUUAUAUGCAGCAGCUUCGGCAGCCAGUCCCAGGUGGCCAGUGUCCCAGCAUGGCCAUGGCUGUGAGCCCCCACACCAGCUACAGCCAGGCCCACCCCCAGCUGAGCCCCAGUACUAUGGGUGGGGCCCUGAACCAGUUCCCCCGAUCCUGUAACAACAUGGCAGCCAAGCCAGGCCACCUAGGGCUCCCCCAACAAAUGGAGGUUGCUCCUGUCCCCACCAUGAUGGGCAGCAGCCACAGGGAACUUGGGAUCCCCAGUUCCACCCUGGCUGGGAUGCCACCACCUCACCCAGCCCAGAGCUACCCACAGCAGAGCCAUCACCUGGCAACUGCCAUGGGUCAGGAGGGCUACCGCCAAGGCCCCAGCCUCCUGCCUUCCCACCAGCCUGGCUUCAUGGAGCCCCAGCAAGGCAUAGUGGGGGUGGCUGGAUCAAGCUUUGGCCUAGUGCAACCCCGGCCACCUCCCGAGCCCAGCCCUGCUGGCCGCCACCAUGGGGUGCGUGCUGGGCAGCAGCUGGCCUAUGCCAGGGCCACUGGUCAUGCCAUGGCUGCAGGGUUAGCCAACCAGGAGAUGGCAGAGUCUGUGCCCAAGGGAACAAUGGGCAGCAUGUUGUCACUGCCUCCGCAGCCACCCUCGCAGGACACAGGCGCGGCCCAGGACCACAACAUGCUCUACUACUACGGCCAGAUCCACAUGUAUGAGCAGAAUGGAGGCCUCGAAAACCAGGUAGGCUGCCAGGUCACGCGGCCCCAGCCACCACAGCCACAGGCCUGCCCGGACAGCAUCCAGCCCCAGCCCUUGCCCUCGCCAGGGGUCAACCAGGUGUCCAGCACUGUGGACUCCCAGCUACUGGAGGCCCCCCAGAUUGAUUUUGAUGCCAUCAUGGAUGAUGGUGAUCACUCCAGCUUGCUCUCAGGCGCUCUGAGCCCCAGCCUCCUGCACAGCCUCUCCCAGAACUCCUCCCGCCUCACCACCCCCCGGAACUCCCUGACGCUGCCCUCCAUCCCCACGGGCAUCAGCAACAUGGCCGUCGGGGACAUGAGCUCCAUGCUCACCAGCCUGGCCGAGGAGAGCAAGUUCCUGAACAUGAUGACCUAAGGCCCCAGCCCCUGGUGCUGAGCGGACCCAGAGGGACCAUCGCUUCCCAGAGAAUGGGGCUUUUGUCCAUUUCAUCUUUUUCCAAAAAAGUAUUAAAUAGGUCUGAGGGAGUUUGGCCAGUGGCUGGUUCAGGCCACAGAUGCUUUAAAGGCAUGUUCAUGUGCCUCCUGUCUGGUCUUCUUGUAGAUUAUUUUUCAGAAUACUGGAAAAAGUCUCAAUGGGAAAGUCAAGGCAGGAAUGAAAAACUCGUUUACACAGUGCUUCCCAGCCUUUGAUGUUUAUAGGACCACUCUGUUCUGGCUUCGUCACCGCUGUCAUUUGGCUAAUGAAGGACUGCAUUGGCCAAGGGCCUUCCAAGUCCAUGAAGAAAGAGGGGAGAGGAACCACAUUUGGGUUUGAAUCUGAAAGCCAUGCUGGAGAUGCUAAUCCAGGAAGAGAAGCCUCUUACUCUGGAGCCUGCGAGGUAAAGGAAUUCCUGGCCCACUGGAAUUUCUUCUGUGAAGCUUAAUUCUUGAGGCCUUUAACACUUCUCUUGCCAUGGAGGGGGGAAAAAAAAGAUUUUCCCUGGAUGAUUUGGAAGAGGACAUCCUGAUUCCAGGUUUGGUAGAGCUGGCAUCUCUACCCCACAAAGCCAAGUUUGCAGACUGUCCAAGUGUAUGUGAAGGAAGAAAGUAUGGAAGUAUUGCCCCAAAAAGGAAAGAAAAAAGUGUAUCAUCCUCAGGGCAAGCCCAGAAGCUGCCCUGGCCUCUCCAGACCAUGUUUACAGUGUUCAUGCGUGUAGAAUGUAGCCCUUCCUGAAAAGAACACAUUUCUAAAUACCUCGGGGCUGCUGGAGCUGCUGUGCGUUAGGGAUGGACCCAGGUGAGCUGAAUCGGCGUGGGCUGGGGCCUUAAUAAAGUGAGUUGGGCGCCCAGGUUCCAGCCUCCAGCCUCCCUAGAGGUCUCCCAGUAGGAAGAGAAAGUUGCAUGUUUACCCAACCCUGCACUCUCCACCCACUCAACCUUGGAAAACCCUGGGGCUUGAUGGCAGCUUCCAGCCAAGUUCCUCCAAGCCAUGCUGUCCGCUCACCAGCAGCCCAGCGGUCUACCCCAAGCCACAACAUGCAGGCCUCGUAUCUUCUGGACUCCUUUCCCUCUGCCCUCCUGUUCAUUUCACAGAGAACAAUGGCAUGCAUGAUGUUUUGGGUAGGGGUGGGGGUGGGAGGGUGAAAGGGUUGAUUCUUGAAACUCUGAGGGACCGUCACUGAAUUUUCCUAUUCGGUGUGACCAAGCCCCACCCGGGAAUGGAAUUUGGAACUGCUGUCAGAAGGCAUUGUUCCUGAACGUACAGUAGCGUGAGUUGAUGUAUUCUCCCCACCACAUACAUAUACAAACACCCAGCACCUUUCCCGUGUUGCAUCUGUGGCAACCUUACCCAAACCAACUGCACCACUAGGAACUUGAUACGGACUGUGACCCUGGCUUCAACCAGGACAGGGCCAAAACCUCACUUGGGCAUCUACAUCCCAGAACAUCAGAUGGUUGGUCCAGGUCCAAAGACAAGGGAAACUUCACAUAACAGCCCUGGGACAUCCCCAAAGGUCUGGGCUCUGUGUGGUGCGUGUUCACUCCCUGAGCUACAGUUUCACUAGCCAUCCCCCGCCUGUAUAUAGUCUGUACAAAAGCCAUCAUCCCAGCAAACACUGUAGGUGAAUCACCCAGUCAAAUUUAUAUCUCCCAAACAUUUUUAGCUUUUUCUACAUGCUAUGAAUUGAGAUGACAUGUUCAACUUGUAAAUAAGUCUUUUUGUACAUUAAAAAAGUAAUUUUUUCAUAA